AUGAAGCUCUCAAUCUUCCUUCUCUCCCUUUUGACUACAAGUCAAGUUACUUUAGCAGCACCCACUCCAAUUGUGGAUGUUGCUGAACUUCCUUCGGAUACCAGUCCUGAAAUCCGAUCUUCUAAUCCGGCUGACGAGCCGCUGGCAAUUCUAGAGCAGAGGGCGACUAGAGUCUGUGAGAUACUUGAUCAAACGAUUCGUUCUAUUGGUACCAGCAAGCUUACGGUUGUGUAUAUCGUAAUCGGCUCACAUCUUUCUCGACAAGUGUGUGAAUAUGCCGGUGGCAGUAGAUGUGAGGAAGUAUCUUAUGUCAUUUCAGACGGUCUACUCUUGGCCUAUGUCGCUGCUGCCCACUACUCUGGAUCCAUCCCCGAAGGUCUACCGAGCAAGCGUGACGUCGAUGUUUCCCAGGGUUAUUCCCGGCUGUGGGAGACUAUGCUGUCGAGUAAUGACGAUAUCUCCUACGAAAAUCUCGCUUCUCUCCCGAUUUCCCGAAAUGAUCUUUCCUUGGAUAAAUGUGAGGAUGAAUUUUUACCGACCCACAGAUUCCAGGUUACUGGUUUCGCCCUUAAGGACUCUCCGAAGCACGAUAUUAUCGCCAAUCACUAUGAAAAUGGCGAGACCGUUCUUCAACUUCCCCUUGCGGGAGGGGAUUCUGGUGCGAAUGGCACUGAAGGAUCUGGUUUGAAGAAGCGAUUCGACAGACCUGGGUUCAAGAUUUCGUUCACUACCAGGCAGGGAUCGAAACUCACUCACGCCCAUCAAAAGUCUAUGGCACUGGCGGGGGCUGCUACAUGGGCUGUCUAUGCGGACAACGCCAACCACAAGAUGGAUGAUUUCAUCGGUUUUGCUGAGACUGGACAUUCGGCCAACUUUUACUACCGGAUCAUUCCGGAGUUGAAAAGAUUCGGAACAAAUUACGAGACUGUUGAUACUUGCGGGGGACUGGCAUCGUACUUGUAA